UAGAAGUAAUGCCAAAUCACAUGGAGUUUUGAAACUUAUAUUUACUAUUAAUUAAUAUUAAAUUCAAUUUAAAUCACAAUUUAAAACAUAUUUCAAUUGAUUUCAAAAAUAAUUGACAUCUUAUUGAAUGAUGAGUUCAGACUUACAGACGAAGAAGAAGAAGAGGAAGCAGUUUCGUAGACAAAGACAUAAUAAAUCAAAUGACAGCAAACGGGAUGAGAAACGUGAAGAACGACAGAAAUAUGUGGAUAUUGUUAAGGAUAAUAAAGACUACGAAAAGUAUUACAAAAUGCAGAAUAUUGUGGCCGAUGAAGAAUGGGAAGCAUUUAUGGCGUGUCUUCGAGAACCACUUCCGUCAGCAUUUCGUUUAACCUCAUAUUGCAAGAGUCAGACGAUAGCACUGAGGAAUAUCAUCGAAAGCAAAGACUUCAACGGAACAGCUGUUGGCGAUAAUAAUAAUGGUCUCGAAUGUAUAGAGUGGUAUCCAAACCGAUUUGCCUGGAAUUGCAAUAUAUCGAGAGUUGAAAUUAGAAAGUCGGACACAUUCAGGAUAUUACAGAACUUCUUAAUAUCAGAAACUGAUUCAGGUUAUAUCAGUAGACAAGAAGCCGUAUCUAUGAUUCCGGCACUUCUGAUGGACUUAAAGCCCGGCUAUCGAGUGCUCGACAUGUGUGCGGCUCCGGGAUCUAAAACGGCACAAAUAAUUGAAAUGCUUCAUUCAGAUGAUGGCGUGUCGGAAGGCGCUGUUGUGGCCAAUGAUGUGGAUAACAAACGAUGCUAUAUGUUAGUCCAUCAAUCAAAACGUUUGCACAGUUGUUCCACUUUGAUUACAAACCACGACGCGGGAGGAAUGCCUAACUUUUACGAACAAGUGAAUGGACAGCGAGUUGUUAUGAAGUUUGAUCGCAUCCUAUGUGACGUCCCGUGCAGUGGUGACGGAACUAUACGUAAGAACACUGAUGUGUGGUUCAAAUGGAAUGCCGCCAAUGGAAACAAUUUUCACGGAAUUCAGUACCGAAUUGCCCGAAGAGGUCUCGAAAUGUUACGUAAAGACGGAAUUCUCGUUUAUUCGACGUGUAGUUUGAAUCCUAUUGAAGACGAAUCAGUUAUUGCAUCUCUUCUGAAUGCAUCCGAAGGAGGUGCACAUCUUGUCGAUGUCUCACAAGUUUUACCGAAACUGAAAUAUUCUAAAGGUUUAGACCACUGGAAAGUUAUGACCAGAGAAGUGGUUUGCGUUGAAUCUGUGGAAGAAGUCGAAGAGAAAUAUAAAUCACAAAUUAGGGAAUCAUUGUUUCCACCAAAAAAUAUAAAAGAAUUAAAUCUAAAUCGAUGUCUAAGAGUUUUACCUCAUCUGCAAAAUACUGGCGGAUUCUUUGUUGCUGUCAUUAGGAAAACUGUUGACACACUUCCAUGGGAGUCGUCAACUGAAGAAUCAGUUAAGACACCGGAAGAUACAACGGCGGAAAGUAAAACCACGGCUAACACUGGAAACGAUAGACCACGAAAAAAGAGAAGAGUGUAUGGAUUUAAAGAAGAUCCAUUCAUUUUCAUGGAUAAGAAUGAUUGCGAUUGGAUUAAAAUAAAGGAAUAUUACGGAAUAAAAGACACGUUUCCGUCGGAACAGUUGGUGUACAGGUGUGCUGUCGGUAAAAAGAAAAAUAUUUAUUUUCUUACCAAAGCUGCUAAAGAAAUAGUUGUUAAUAAUCAGCAAAAUAUAAAGUUAAUCAAUGGUGGCGUUCGGCUCUUUUCAAGAAGUGACGAUAAAGUAAAUCCUUGCGGUUUUCGUAUCACACAAGAAGGUCUUCAAUCUUUAUAUCCAUAUCUCAAUAAUGAUGAUGUCAUUGAAUUAUCUACAUCUGAUGCGAAACAAUUGUUAUCCAAUGAUAAUAUGCCAUUGGAUCAGUUUACUGGAUGUGAUCCACAAAAACUAAUAAAACUCAGCUCUGGUUGUUGUGUUCUUGUUAUCAAAAAAGAUGUCGAAUCUAAUGAAGACUUACCAUUAAUUUUGCCCAUUUGUUGCUGGAAAGGCAAGACUUCAUUGCGUGCUUAUAUUGCCAAAAAUGAAAGGAUCCACUAUUUAAGACUUUGUGGCGCAGAUGUCACCGAAACAGAAGUGCGAAGAGGCAAUGAACGAGAGAAACAUAAAGUCGCGAAUUACUUGAAUAACAAGAAAUUAGAUGAUAAACAAACAGAAGAUAUCAUUGACAAUCCAAUUGUCACAAUUGAAAGUGAUUUAUAAAAUAUAAACUUUGAAUUUAAUAAUGGAUUUUUUGGUUUCAUAUAAUUUAUAUUUUUUAAGUUUUAUUUUUUUGACAAAUGAACCAAACAUUGAUAUCAUUGAAUAAAUGA